GGGAAGUUGUUAGGGCUAUAAGAACUGAAGCAGCAACUAAAGUUAGAUCACCUGAGAAGUGGAGGACAUCAGAUGGGAUCUGGUAGCACUGACGGCAAACUUGACUUCCAGAUGUCAGAGGAAGAAGAUUCUUUUCUAAAUGUCAAAAGAUCUCUGAAAAAGCGACUGGUGAAACACAGCACUCCAGUGGACUCAAUGCUCUCUAGAACAAUGCCAUCUCUUACAGAUCUGACUUCUCAGUCAGUCAAGGAGCAAGAUGGCAGUAAGAGAGUUUAUGCAUCCCCAGUGCCAAAAUCAACUCUAAGCAGAUCACUAGGUCAAGUGUCGCUAGCAAGCAUUGAAGCAUACAUCCCUCAUAAGUCUCCAAAAAGGCUUUCAACAGUGUUUGACUUGCAAGAUUCAAACACAGAGAUAAACAAAAGUUCUCGGGUUGUAUUUUCUAGAAGAAGACUCUCCACUGUGUUGGCCUCUAAUGAGUCAAAUGAAGAACCAAGUGAAAAGGCUGUCUCAAGUGUGGAAACUCAAGCUCCAACAAAAGAAUCUGAGAAAGUUGCAGUAACUCCCAGAAGUGGACCUUCGUGGCUGGUUACUGGAAUACCAGGGAUAAAAGAUGUCCAAAUAGUAAAAAAGAAAAAGAAGAAAAUUGAUAAAUCUAUUGUGAGAAAGAAACAAAGAGAAUGGGUGCUUCGUCAACUUAAAAACAUUGAGGAAGCAACUGAACAUGAGCUGACAAUUGAAGAAAUGUGACCAAAAUAUCUUUGGAAUUAAUGCUGUUGUAUGGUGGUUCUGUGAAUAACUGGUUCCAAUAAAUCACAUGCCUAGAUAAU